AUGAAGGCUGUUCGAAACCUGUUGAUUUAUAUAUUUUCCACCUAUCUUCUGGUUAUGUUUGGAUUAACUGGCGCCCAAGAUUAUUGGUGUUCCACUCUGGUGAAGGGGGUCAUUUAUGGAUCAUAUUCGGUGACUGAGAUGUUUCCUAAGAACUACACAAACUGUACAUGGACGCUGGAGAAUCCAGACCCAACCAAAUACAGCAUCUACCUGAAGCUAUACAAGCGAGACUUGAGCUGCUCUGAGUAUUCCCUGCUUGCUUAUCAGUUUGACCAUUACUCGCACGAAAAGAUCAAUGAGCUGCUGAAAGUCAACGAGUCUAUAGUGUACCUCUGCGAUUCCAAGAAUAUUUAUAUAUUUUUGCUGUAUGACAAGAAUUUUGUCCAACUACGGAGAGUUUUCCCUUAUGAUUAUAACGGAUUGACGCCGCAGAAGCUGGAUGAGGAGGAAAAGUCCAAUGUGGAGUUUCUGGUGUUGAAUAAGGCGAGCCCGAGCCAGUUUGGGUGUCAAGUGCUUUGUACAUGGCUGGAAAACUGCCUGAAACAAGAGAAAGGGACAGUGGAGACGUGUGGGAUCGUGUACACAAAAUGCACAUGUCCCCAGCAUUUAGGCGAUGGAGAAUCAGAGAGCGUGCUCAUGCUCAAUAACGUGGUUUUACCUUUGAAUCCACAAACGGAGGGUUGCUUGUCACCCCAACUGCAAACCGGGCAGGUCUGCAACCUGAGUUCAGAAGUGAAACGACCUCCUAAAGAAGAAUAUGGAAUGAUCGGAGAGCAUACAGUAAAAAGUCAGCGGCCAAGAUCAGUUCAUGACACAAAGGCCCUGCAGGAGCAAGCUGAGUCUGCUAAAUUUAUGGCACAAACUGGUGAAACAGGUGCAGAGGAGUGGUCCCAGUGGAGCUCAUGCUCUGUAACAUGCGGUCAAGGGUCGCAGGUGCGAACAAGAACAUGUGUCUCUCCAUACGGAACUCACUGCAUCGGCCCUUUAAGAGAAUCAAGGGUUUGCAAUAACACUGCCCCUUGUCCAGUACACGGUGUAUGGGAUGAGUGGUCACCGUGGAGCCUGUGCUCUUUCACGUGUGGCCGAGGGCAUCGCACUAGGACUAGGGUGUGCGCCCCUCCCCAGCACGGAGGCAGGGCCUGUGAUGGACCUGAGACCCAGACUAAGCUUUGCAACAUAGCCCUGUGCCCAGUGGAUGGACAGUGGCAGGAGUGGAGCUCUUGGAGCGAUUGCUCGGUGACCUGUGCCAAUGGCACUCAGCAGAGGACCAGGCAGUGUUCAGCAGCCGCCCAUGGGGGAUCUGAGUGUCGCGGUCACUGGGCAGAAAGCAGAGAGUGCCAUAAUCCUGACUGCACAGCCAACGGCCAGUGGAAUCCUUGGGGUCCGUGGAGCGGCUGCUCGAAGUCGUGCGACGGCGGCUGGCAGAGGCGAGUCCGGGUGUGUCAGGGGGCGGCGGCGACCGGGCAGCAGUGCGACGGCAAGGGAGAGGAAGUCCGAAAGUGCAGCGACCAGCGCUGCCCAGCACCGUAUGAGAUUUGUCCCGAGGACUAUGCGGCGUCCAUGGUGUGGAGACGGACGCCUUCGGGAGAACUGGCCUUCAACAGAUGCCCCCCCAAUGCCACAGGCACCACUAGUCGACGCUGCUCUUUGGAUCACCGCGGUAUGGCCUUCUGGGAGCAGCCCAGCUAUGCUCGAUGCAUAACAAACGAAUUCAGAUACUUGCAGCAAUCAGUUCAGGGGCACCUUGCGAAGGGCCAGAGGAUGCUGGCUGGGGACGGGAUGUCCCAAGUCACGAAGAACCUUCUGGACCUCACCCAGAGGAGGAACUUCUACGCCGGCGACCUGCUGUCGUCUGUGGAGAUCCUGCGCAAUGUGACCGAGACAUUCAAGAGAGCCAGCUACGAGCCUUCGUCUGACGAUGUGCAAAACUUCUUUCAAAUCAUCAGCAACCUCUUGGAGGAGGAAAAUAAGGAGAAAUGGGAAGAUGCACAAAAGAUCUAUCCUGGAGCAGUGGAGCUCAUGCAGGUCAUAGAGGAAUUCAUCCACAUCGUCGGACUGGGCAUGAAGGAUUUCCACAACGCCUAUUUGAUGACUGGGAACUUGGUGGCCAGCAUCCAGAGACUUCCAGCAGUGUCUGUAAUGACUGACAUCAACUUCCCCAUGAAGGGUCGUAAAGGCAUGGUCGACUGGGCCAGAAACUCCGAAGAUAAAGUGGUCAUCCCGAAGGGCCUCUUUGUUUCCCAGUCAGCAGAUAUGGAAGGAUCCCCCACCUUUAUUCUGGGAACAGUUCUCUACAAAACUCUCGGACUCAUGCUGCCUUCACCAAAGAACCACACUGUUGUGAACUCCAAGGUCAUCGCUGUCACGGUGAGACCUGAGCCCAAAGUGACGGAGUCCCACCUGGAGAUCGAACUGGCUCACCUGGCAAACGGAACAAUGCACCCGUACUGCGCCCUGUGGGACAGCAACAUCAUGAACGAUUCCUGGGGAGCCUGGUCCAAAAAAGGAUGUAAAACGGUGCUCACAGAUGCAUCCCAUACAAAAUGCCUGUGUGAUCGUGUGUCUACCUUCGCCAUUUUGGCUCAGCAACCGAGAGAAAUAACCAUGGCGUACUCAGGGGUCCCAUCUGUGACAUUGAUAGUUGGCUGUGGUCUGUCCUGCCUCGCCUUGAUCACGUUGGCAGUGAUCUAUGCCGUGCUAUGGAGGUACAUUCGCUCGGAGCGAUCCAUCAUCCUGCUUAACUUCUGCUUAUCUAUAAUCUGCUCCAAUAUACUGAUCCUUAUUGGACAAACACAGACACACAAUGUGGGCGUCUGCAUCAUGACAACAGCCUUCCUGCACUUCUUCUUCCUGGCAUCGUUCUGCUGGGUGCUCACAGAGGCCUGGCAGUCCUACAUGGCAGUGACGGGAAAGGUUCGGACUCGGCUCAUCCGCAAGCGCUUUCUGUGCCUGGGCUGGGGGUUACCAGCUUUGGUGGUUGCCGUUUCAAUGGGAUUCACCAAAACAAAAGGCUAUGGGACACCCUUAUACUGUUGGCUGUCUUUGGAGGGUGGGCUCCUCUACGCCUUUGUUGGACCUGCAGCUGCUGUUGUUCUGGUUAACAUGGUGAUCGGAAUCCUGGUGUUUAACAAACUGGUGUCCAGAGACGGCAUCCUGGACAAGAAGCUGAAGCACCGUGCAGGACAGAUGAGUGAGCCGCAUACAGGAUUAACUCUCAAGUGUGCCAAAUGUGGCGUUGUAUCAACAACUGCUUUAUCAGCAACUACAGCUAGCAAUGCAAUGGCGUCCCUGUGGAGCUCCUGUGUGGUCCUACCUCUGCUGGCGCUGACCUGGAUGUCCGCAGUGCUCGCCAUGACGGACAAGCGCUCCAUCCUCUUUCAGAUCCUCUUCGCCGUCUUCGACUCGCUGCAGGGUUUCGUCAUCGUGAUGGUGCACUGUGUCCUACGGAGAGAGGUGCAAGAUGCUUUCCGAUGUCGGCUGAGAAACUGCCAAGACCCGAUCAGCGGUGACGCAACAGGAACCUUCCCUAAUGGACAUGCUCAGAUAAUGACGGACUUUGAGAAGGAUGUGGACAUCGCCUGCCGAUCAGCACUCCACAAAGACAUGGGCUCUUGUCGCGCAGCCACCAUUACAGGCACCCUCUCCCGCAUCUCCCUCAAUGAUGAAGAGGAUGAGAAGAUCCCCGAGGGCCUCAACUACGCCACGUUGCCUGGCAACAUCAUCUCCAAAGUGAUUAUCCAGCAGCCCUCGGCUCUGCACAUGCCAAUGGGAGUGGGUGAUCUGAAGGAGCAAUGCAUGGCCGACGGCAGCGGAGACAUGCGCCGCGCCGUUUACCUGUGCACCGACGACGCCAUGCGGCAGAGUGACCAGGACAUGGGCGGCCACGGCAUGGGCGGCCACGGCAUGGGCGGCCACGGCAUGGGGGGCCACGACAUGGAGGGCCACCCGAUGCAGGGUCAGAUGAUGGAGACGGACUACAUCGUCAUGCCCCGGGCCUCGGCGGCGUCGGGUAACAUGCCCACUCUCCUCAAGGACGACACCAAGAUGAACAUCACUAUGGAUACGCUGUCGCACGAGAGGCUGAUGCAUUACAAGAUGAGCCCCGAUUUCAAUAUUAGCCCGUCAGGCAUGGACCACAUGAAUGUGAACCUGGAGCAGCAGUAUCCCAGCGCUCCGGAGCAGAUGCAGAACCUGCCCUUUGAACCCCGCACGGCGGUUAAGAACUUCCUGGCGGAGAUGGAGGAAUCUGCCGGGCUCUCUAGGAGUGAGACAGGGUCGACAAUAUCUAUGAGCUCCUUAGAGAGACGAAAGUCGCGAUAUUCCGAUAUGGACUUUGAGAAAGUCAUGCACACCAGGAAAAGACACAUGGAGCUGUUCCAGGAACUGAAUCAGAAAUUUCAAACCCUGGACCGAUUUCGAGACAUACCAAAUAUGGGCAGCAUGGACAAGGCAAUGCCAAACAAGAACCCAUGGGAGAGCUACAAUCCAGCCUGUGAGUACCAGAACUACGCCACUAUGAAUGUACUAGCAUCUGACCCCAAGGACUCACUGGAGAUGACGGCCGCAGAGUGGGAAAAGUGUGUCAACCUCCCCUUAGACGUCCAGGAAGGAGACUUCCAAACGGAGGUCUAG